UCCAAGCUCGUCUCCCGCCCUCCCUCCACCCAUGCGUUCAGCUAGUCGCCUCAGCCUGAUCCCAUCCCCACAACCUCUGCCAUUUCUUUUGGGGGAACCAUAACUGACUUUAGUGAGAAAAGUAUUACACCCAAAUAUCCAGUCAUGGUCCAAGCUAAGACGUGGAUCCUAACCAAGCACUUUGAUGGCUUCCCGAAGGACAGCAACUUUGAGCUCAAGGUGGAGGAGCUUCCCAAGCCCAAAGAUGGGGAGGUGCUUUUGGAGGCAGUGUUUCUGAGUGUCGACCCUUAUAUGAGGCCGUUCAGUAGGGUUCGCAUGAAAGAAGGCGAGGUAAUGAUUGGAAGUCAAGUGGCCAAAGUGAUCCAAAGCAAUAACCCAGCAUUUCCCGUGGGAAGCCAUGUUGUCGGUCGUUGUGGCUGGAGAACCCACACAAUCAGUGACGGGACAGACCUCAUUCCCAUCAUGCCCGACUGGCCUCAAGACAUCUCGCUGUCACUCGCUCUGGGCACCAUCGGCAUGCCAGGGCUUACAGCACUGUAUGGGAUCGAGGAGGUCUUGGGACUCAAGAAAGGUGAGACCCUCCUGGUGAACGCUGCAGCAGGGGCAGUUGGCUCUGUGGUGGGCCAGAUUGCCAAGAUCAAAGGCUGCAAGGUGGUGGGUUCAGCAGGGUCUGACGCCAAGGUGGCCUUCCUUAAAGAGCUGGGCUUCGACGAGGCCUUCAACUACAAGACUAUUAGUUCUCUGGAGGAGGCACUGAAGAAGGCCUCUCCAGAGGGAUACGACUGCUUCUUUGAAAACGUGGGAGGCCCCUUUUCAACUGUUGCCUUGCAGCAGAUGAAGAACUUUGGAAGAAUAGCUGUGUGUGGAAGUAUUUCUGUGUACAAUGACACCACUCCUCAGACAGGCCCGUACCCCCAUCUGACUAUGAUCUUCAAGCAGCUUAAGAUGGAGGGCUUCAUGCAGAGCAGGUGGGAGCACAAGCACCCAGAAUCCCUCAGGAGGCUGAUGGGAUGGCUGAAGGAGGGCAAGCUGCAUUGUCGGGAGCACAUCACAAAAGGCUUUGAAAACAUGCCAGCUGCUUUUAUGGGGAUGCUGCAGGGAGACAACAUCGGCAAGGCUAUCAUCGCUGUCUGAUGUGAAACACAGGAUCAACAGAGAUGCAGCAGUAUUAUCAGUAACUGGCACAUUAUUACAGGAUACAUACAUGAAGGACUGAGCAAUAGAUACAUAUAACUAACCAUAUAUUUUCAUAUUAACAUGUCGAUGUAGUUUGUUUGUCUCUGUAGUCACAGUAAUAAAACAUUACAGAUGAAAGUGCUCUCGUAAUUUAGUCAUGUAAAAACUUGUGAUUUGACAAUUGUAGCAUUAGUUCAUAAUUCACUGAGACUAAACCAUUCUGCUAAGUCUGGUGGAUUUUCAUCCAUUAGAAGGUACUGUUCUUUCUAUAUCAGUAGCACUUACUGCAAGUUUGUCAAAGUUUGGGUAGUUUUCAUAGCACCACCACCCAGACAGUUAAAUCAAUAUACAUAUGAGUGUACUUCAUUUGGGAGAGCCCAGACUGCUGUGGGGAAUUAGCAAGGCAGGAGAUGGCAGUUUUAGUGAGAGAGAAAAUGAUAAUUAUGCCAGCAAGUACCUGGAUGAGCUGUGAGGAUCUGCUGCUGAUACAUCCAUUUACUGUAACAUUUAACCAUGUGCUUUGUAUUUAGUGAGAUCUUUUAUAUAGGUAAUAAAAAUUGUUAGGCUUUUAAAAAAAA